AUGAAGUUUCGAUGUGGCAAACCGAAGGUUUCAGGAGAUGGUCCAGGGAAGGAGAAGCGCCUGACUGUCGGUAGGGAUGAGAUUUUUGAUCCAGUGGAGCGGUCAGAAUUUGUUCUAGAGAAUUUUCAGAAUUGUAAAGUCCAUCCAAACUUGGCCAGGUACUACGAGCCUUUGAAGACCACUGCACAACAGAAAUCCCUGACUCAGAAUAGAAAAAUCAGAAGCUUCAUGGUGAAAGUAACAGAGUAUGAUCAAGAUAUGACCAUACUGAUUAUGACCAACAACCCACCUCCCUACCCAGUCGAUCAGCAGGAAAAGGACAGUGCAUCAAAGUACUUCUCUAAGGAGCUGCUGCUUGAGGAAAGUCAGCCCCAGCCCAGUCCCACUGAGAACCUGAGCCUGCCCCUGAUGCCUCAGAAAAAACAGCUGAGAUCUGGGCUGAAAGCAGCCUUCCCCAUGAAGCGUGUGGGCGACCCAACGGCCGGUAAAGAACAGUGGUUCAGGUUUUCCACUGAUGAUGACUUCAAGUGUGAAGGGAAGUAUUCCAAGAUCUACGCUUUGAGGAGGCAGAAAAAGAUGUAUCCUCAGCUCAACUUUGCUCCGGUCCAUGAAAGAGACGGAAGCAGAGAUGCUUUCAAGGGGUCAGCGAGCGACAGGCUGCCUUCCAGGAAGACGUGGGAGCCGCUAACCCUUGCCUCGCUGAUGGAAGACAAAUCCACCCGUACCGCGACCGGGCUAAGCGUCUUCCGCCGUGGCGGGGCCCGGCAGUGGAUUAACGAAAAUGUCAGUCUCAUUAAGUGAAAUGAGAUGCUUCAGGGCCACGGGGCUGCCUCCCAGGACCCAAGGCCUAGUACCCGGUCAUCAACCCAAUAAAA